AUGGAUCAGAAGCGAAAAUUUGGGUGUGAUGACAAUUUUAUACCUUUAAAGCAGAUGAAUACUGGCAGCAGUGAAGGAACGGGACCUUUAACACUGAAAUUUCCGAAAAACCGUCGUCCUUGGCGAAAUAAAGUUCGGAGAGAGGCAGCUAAAGAAGCUAGAAGAAAGCAACGAGAAAAGGAAUCUCAGAGUACUAUUGCAACUGGAGAUGAAAUUCAAUCAAAGCAACAUCAGAAGAAGAAAAAAAAAAGUAAAUCAAGUCUUUGCAGUAGUUCGAAUGCAACUUUCUCAGUAAUUGGGCAGGAAACCAAUGGUAUGGCGAAACUUAAUUCUUCCUUAUUCCGGUACAUCAAUGAGCAGUUAUAUUCCAUCAGUGGCGCGGAAGCUAUGGAAUUGUUUCAGAAAGAUCCGCAUGCUUUCGAAAUAUAUCACAGAGGAUAUUACAAUCAGUCAUCAAAAUGGCCUUAUAAUCCACUCUAUGGUAUAAUUCAGUGGAUACGAACAUUAAAGCGUCAAAAUUUAGUGAUUGCUGAUAUGGGUUGUGGAGUUGCGAAAAUUGCUGAAAAGCUUUCCCACAUAGCAACUGUGCAUUCGUUUGAUUUAGUUGCUGUCAAUGAUUAUGUUACAGCAUGCGACAUGUCUAAAGUUCCAUUGCAAAACGGUUCAGUGGAUAUUGUUGUUUUCUGUCUCUCAUUAAUGGGAACGAAUUUGAACGAAUAUUUACGAGAGGCUAACAGACUACUCAAAAAAGGAGGUUUCUUGAAGAUAGCGGAAGUAAAAAGCCGAUUCACAAGCGUAAAACAAUUUAUACAUGCUAUUACGAAAAUGGGAUUUAGGAAUACUGGAAAGUUAUGUAAAGAUGAUGGCUAUUUUAUCAUUUUGGAGUUUGUCAAAACUGGUAAAGUAGUGCAGAAGCGACCAAUUGGAUUGAAGCUGAAACCUUGUUUGUAUAAAAAAAGGUGA